AUGGAUUAUUGUAAUGCACUUUUAUAUGGUGUACGUAAAACGACAUUGAAUAAACUACAACAUCUUCAAAACACUGCUGCCCGCAUCAUCACAGGAACAUCCAGAUUUGAACAUAUCACUCCAGUAUUGAAGAAACUACACUGGAUUCCUGUAGUUUAUCGAGUAGAUUUUAAAAUCCUUAUGCAAACUUAUAAAGCCCUACAUGACCAGUCACCAAUUUACCUUAAACAUUUACUGGCGCUAUAUCAACCAACAAGAAACUUAAGAUCAAAGAACUCUUCAAAGCAACUUGUUGUUGCCAAAAGUAGGACUGUAAGAUAUGGUGAACGCAGUUUCUCUUCGAUGGCACCUAAACUGUGGAAUGCUCUCCCAGACAGUAUCAGAGACUCAAAAACA